CAGAUGGUUCUAUAGUCAACUAUAACAAAUUUUCUACUCGAUUUCAUUAUUCAUAGACAAAUAAGAAGAACUAUAUUCAAAUUGAAACAAUUUCGAUAAAUUUUAACCAAACUUUUUGUUUAACCAAACAAUUAUGUCGAUGUGGAAACGGAAGGCGAUAUUUUGUAUGAUUGAAACAACAACACAGCUUAGUAGUAGCUCUAGUUCUGCAAGCACUUAUUGCGAAGUGGACAGCACUACAACAGACGAUAGUUUAUAUGAAGAUGAUGGAGAUAAUACAUUAUAUUUUCCACUAAUGCGAUACUUAUUUUCUGGUUGUAAACGGUAUCGUGUGGAACAGUAUUUAGAAAUUGUGGAAUCUUGGACAGAACAAGAAUUUAAGGAACACAUGCGAUUGCCAAGACAAAUAGUAUUUCUACUUAUUGCUGAAUUUGAAACAUCUGUGUUUAUGCCAAAUCAUUUGUAUGGGAGCAAACCGAUUUCAGCAAAGCUGAGUAUAUUCAUAUUCCUGUGGUUUAUGGCUAAUACAGAGCCGAUAAGAACAAUAUCAGAUCGGUUUGAUAUUUCUAUUUCCUCUGUAUUCCGUAUUAUACGUCGUGUAAUCGCUUGGAUUUUGACUAAAUUGGAUGAUGUGAUUAAAUGGCCGCAACAGCAUAACAUUUCGACAGUAUGCGCAAGGUUUUUUAUAAAAAAAGGAAUUCGACGUGUUUUAGGAACGAUUGAUUGUACUCACAUCCGUAUUCAGAAACCUUUGGUAAACGAGAUACCAUACUGUAAUCGUAAAAAAUUUUUUUCCAUUCACUUACAAGCUGUCGUUGACUCUGAUAUGCGAUUUACGAACGUAUAUUGCGGUGAACCUGGAUCCUUGCAUGAUGCUCGUGUAUUAAGAAGGUCGACUUUGUAUGAAAUAGCGAAUGAAGAUAAAGAAAUACUAUUUCCUAAUAAUACAUUUGUACUUGGUGAUUCUGCGUAUCCGUUGUUAUCAUGGCUUGUUCCACCAUUUCGUGACAAUGGUCACUUAACACCUCAACAAACAGAAUUUAAUUCUUUACAUUCGUCUACUCGGAUGGCAAGUGAAAAAGCAUUUGGUAUAUUAAAAGCACGAUUUCGUCGGAUAAAAUUUUUUUCGGAGUACAGAAAUAUGGAAUUUAUUACAAAUAUAGUAAUAGCAGCGUGUAUUCUGCACAACCUUUGUAUAGAUGAAAAUGAUAAUUUUCAAAUAAAUGAAGAAAAUUACGAUCAUGUAAUUAUGAAUGAAAAUAUCAAUGAUGUUCGGAUAGAUCGCAGGAUGCAAUUAUUUAAUGAAUUAUUUCCUGAAGUGUAAAGUAAUAUAAUUAAUUUUAAGUAAGAAAUACACAACAAAUCUUAU